AAAUGCGUCAAGUCAAAAGCCGACAAACAUCACUUGUUGUCAAAAAUCUGCAGCAUUUACUGUAAACAAAUUAUUUUUCAUAUAAUGCACCUUUAACCGGCAAAAUGAGCGACAUUCACAUGGAGGGGUCGCUCCAGGACGAGAUUCGGAAAUUGACUGAGCACCAAAAUAAUAUUGAAACUAAAUUUGACGUGUUGACCAAAAACGUAGACGAAAUCCGUAAGAAUGUAGCUGUACUUUCCGAUAAAGUAGCUGCCUUAGAAGAGUUAGCCGUGGAUAGGAAGAAGUUGAAAGUCGAAGUUAAAGUGUUAAAGAAUCGUCUUGAAGAACUUUAUGCUAUUGUGAAGGAAGAAAAAGAUGAUUCUUUUUCAGCUGAAGAUCUUAAGGAGGUGGAGUCUUGCCACUCUGAGUUUUCGUCAUCUUCCAAGGUAACGAUGACCACAGGGCUGGACAAGGACACCAUCCGCGCCGCCUACGAGGACGUGCGCGCCGACGGUUCCCCCACCGAGUGGGCGGUGUUCAAGUUUGAAGGCACUCGCAUCGUGUGCUCAGCCCGCGGGAGCGACUUCACCGAAUUCCGCACUCACUUCAAGGACGACGAGCGCGCUUUCGGCUACCUCAGGUUGCAAAUGGGCGACGAGAUGUCUAAACGCAAGAAGUUCCUUCUCGUGACCUGGGUGGGCCCCAACGUGUCCGUCAUCAACCGAGCCAAGAUGUCCACCGACAAGGCGAUCAUCAAGGACAUCAUCUCUAAUUUCGCAGUGGAGCUACAGCUGGAGAGUCAAGCCGAAAUAGACAUCGAUCAAUUCAAGGACGCCCUGAACAGGGCAGGCGGUGCCAACUACGGAACCGGGAUAAGGGACUUAUGAGCCGCACAAUAGCCACUCAACCGGUUAAGAAAAAAAACCGCGUUUUAUUUCCUUUGCGGUAUUUUUUCAUUAAUCUAAUAAAAAGCUGGGCAAGUUUUUUCUAUUUAAUUAAAUCGAGGGUAUCAUCGGCUCGAAGUUUUAUUUCCUGAAGUAGUCAUGUGCUUUUGUUUUUAUAAAAUUUAAUUAGUCAUCUAUAUAUAAACAUUUAUUUAUUUCACAUGAUAAUAGUCUAUUUUUUUAAGGUAAUUAUUUUUGAAAUUAGUAACCACGUCGAUCGCUUAGGGGUCGUGUUUAAUAUACGAGUAACGUGCAAUUAUUUGGUAUUUAUUAUAAUAAGAUACUUGCCAAAAAAUAGUAAAAGUUGCCAUGUAGAAGGCGCGGAAGUGCAUUUAUUUUUUGUCUACUUUGUAUGUACUGAACAUGUCAAAAUUUUACAUUGUAUACAAAAUUCGGAUUUAUGGGCUUUUAUACCUAUACAUUGAUUAGUGUUAUAUCAUUAUUAUUGGUAAAUCAACUGAAGUAAAUACAAUUAACCAACAAAAUAA